GCUCUUUAUACUCACUAAGAUCAUGUUUUCUGCAAUCACAAAAAGAGGCUUGGCCAGACACAUGGCCCGGUCCGCUCUGUAUCUACGUCCAUGUACAAGAGGAUUGGCCACGGUUUCUGUUGCUCCUCCCGAAGGACUGUCCAUAUCCUUGAAGUCCGCCACUAGAGAUGACUCUAAGUUCGGCAAAAGACCGAUCUACUUAGACGUCCAGGCCACAACGCAAACAGACCCACGUGUCUUGGAUAAAAUGUUACAGUUUUAUACUGGGCUCUACGGAAACCCACACUCGUCCACCCAUUCGUAUGGAUGGGAGACAGAGAAAGAGGUGGAGUUGGCCCGUGCGCACAUUGCUGACGUAAUCAAGGCCGACCCUAAGGAAAUCAUCUUGACCUCAGGUGCCACCGAAUCAAACAACAUGGCCAUCAAGGGAGUGCCUCGCUUCUAUAAAAAGACAAAAAAACACAUCAUCACCACCCAGACGGAACAUAAGUGUGUGUUGGACUCCGCCAGGCACAUGCAGGACGAGGGCUUCGAGGUCACUUACUUGCCCGUCAACUCUGAAGGGUUGAUUAGCUUGGACGAUUUGCAGAACGCCAUAAGAAAAGAUACCGUGUUGGUAUCGGUGAUGGCAGUCAACAAUGAGAUCGGAGUCAUUCAGCCGCUCAAGGAAAUCGGCGCCAUCUGCAGGAAAAACAAGAUCUUCUUUCACACGGAUGCCGCCCAGGCAUACGGCAAGGUGCCCCUUGAUGUCAAUGAAAUGAACAUCGACUUAAUGUCGAUCAGCUCGCAUAAGGUGUACGGGCCAAAGGGCAUUGGUGCAUGCUUUGUGAGAAGAAGACCAAGAGUCAGAUUGGACCCCAUCAUCACCGGUGGUGGCCAAGAGAGAGGUUUGAGAUCAGGCACAUUGGCCCCACCUUUGGUGGCCGGAUUUGGUGAGGCUGCCAGACUCAUGAAAACUGAGGCGACCUACGACCAAGCGCAUAUCAAAAGACUCUCGGAGAAAUUGAAGAAAGGUUUAUUGGCAAUUCCCGAAACGCAGUUCAACGGUGUGUUGUCUGAUGAUUCAAAGCAAUACGCAGGCUGCGUAAACAUCUCGUUUGCUUACAUUGAGGGAGAAUCCUUGUUGAUGGCAUUGAAGGACAUUGCCUUGUCCUCCGGCUCAGCGUGCACAUCUGCUUCUUUGGAGCCUUCGUACGUAUUGCACGCGUUGGGCGCUGACGAUGCCUUGGCCCACUCGUCUAUUCGUUUCGGAAUUGGCAGGUUCACUACAGAGGCUGAAAUUGAUUACGUGAUCCGCGCUAUACAAGAGCGUGUGGAUUUCUUGAGGAAGAUGUCUCCAUUGUGGGAGAUGGUGCAGGAAGGAAUCGAUUUGGAUAGCAUUGAGUGGAGUGGUCACUAGAACAUCCAUGAAGCGGUUAGCUUUGUUAUGUUCAUCCUAAUCCCCGCACACUUUUGCGAGUUAGGCUUAUGUAUGAUGAUAUUUGUCGUUAUUUAUUGUUCAUUGCGCGGCCCAAGCACCUGCAACUCAGAAGAGUUCGAAUGGUGAAAUGUGCACCAUAAGUACGGGAAGAGGUUUAGGUUUCUUUCAUUCUUGGUGCAAUUGAUUUUUUCGGCUUCUUCGUUCAUUGUUGUUUUUGUUGUAAUUCUCCAUAAAUGACCUCUGAAGAGUGAAAGCUACCAUCCGUACCCCGGCCUUUAAUUAGUUCAAACCGGUCAUCCGGCUCGCAGUGAGAGAAGCCCCGGACGCGCGCCCGCUGUGCCGACCGGCCCGGUUCCGGGAAUGCCUUUUUUUCCACUGAUCGCUAUAUAGUCAGACCAUCGGUUCUGGUCCCUGGCUCGCCCCUCAACCAAUACUACAAAGUCAC